CACUCCAUCAUCCGGCCCCGCCAGCCCAGCUGCCUGCCCCCCCACCUCAGCACCCUGCCCCAGCGGCUGCAGCAGGCCGGCUACGCCACACACAUGCUGGGCAAGUGGCACCUGGGCUUCUACAGAAAGGCAUGUCUUCCGACCAGAAAAGGUUUCGACACUUUCUUCGGAUCGCUAACUGGAAGUGUAGAUUACUACAGCUACGGGUCAUGUGACGGCCCUGGACUGUGUGGUUAUGAUCUCCAUGACAACGAGGGCGUGGCCUGGGGCCAGCAGGGCCGCUACUCCACCCUGCUCUACACCCAGAGGGCCCGCAAGAUCCUGGAGGCCCACGACCCCGCGACCCGGCCCCUCUUCCUGUUGCUCUCCCUGCAGGCGGUGCACACGCCCCUGCAGCCCCCCAAGUCCUACAUCUACCCGUACCGCCACAUGUUCAACGUGGCGCGCCGCAAGUACGCGGCCAUGGUGUCGACGGUGGACGAGGCGGUGCAUAACAUCACCUACGCCCUCCGCAAGCUGGGCUACUACCGCAACUCCGUCAUCGUGUUCUCCACCGACAACGGCGCCCAGCCCUUCACCGGGGGCAGCAACUGGCCGCUCAGGGGCCGCAAGGGGACCUACUGGGAGGGCGGGGUGCGGGGCGUGGCCUUCGUCCACAGCCCCCUGCUGAAGCGCCGGAGGCGGGUCUCCAAGGCUCUGCUCCACAUCACCGACUGGUACCCCACGCUGCUGGGCCUGGCCGGGGGCAACGUCAGCCAGUCAGAGGUUCUGGAUGGUUUCGACGUCUGGCCGACCCUGAGUGAAGGGAAGCCGUCUCCUCGCCACGAGAUCCUCCACAACAUCGACCCGCUGCACACCCCCCACAGCCCCCGAUCGCACACUCUGACCUUUGACACGGCUCCUAAAGGAACCCCGAGGCAGGGGGGCCGCCUCAACGCCACCAAGCCCACCAAGAAGAAGAGGAAGAGGAAGAAGAAGAAGCCCCCCAAACGGCCGGCUAAACCUGUACCCAGCCCCGGGGGCCGCUCCCGGGGGGGGCGGUCCCGGGACGCCCGGGGGAGCAGACAGCCCACCAGGAAACACAAGUCCAAGAUACAGGGGGGGUCCGAGGCCCGGAGGUACCCCCUGCUCCGGGACUCCCCCGACGAACAGAACCACCUGACCUCCGGAGGGACCGAGAGCGGGUCCCUUCGGGGGUCCCGGUCCAGACGCCCCCCCAGGACUAGGUCUAAGAUUCACCCCAGAUUCCGUGCGACCGGACACCACUACCAGGGCGACACGCAGCCGGGACCCACCCCGGCCACAUCCCAUAAUAACACCAACGACACGCCCGUCACCGGGCAGCCGCCCGGCGCCACGGCAACACCCCAGUGGUCGCAGCACAUCUUUGACACCAACGUCCAAGCGGCCAUCCGGGUCGGAGACUGGAAGCUGCUGACCGGAGACCCGGGCCACGGAGACUGGGUUCCUCCUCAGAUGCUGAGCAGUCUGCCUGGGCCCUGGUGGACCUUGGAGAGGACCUCCACCUCCUCCUCCUCCUCCUCCUCCUCCUCCUCCUCCUCCAAGGCGGCGGGCUACAAGAACGUCUGGCUGUUCAACAUCAGCGGCGACCCGUACGAGCGCUGGGACCAGUCGGCCCAGCGACCCGACGUGGUGACGGCGCUGCUGGAGCGCCUGGCCUUCUACAACCGCACCGCCGUGCCCGUCUUCUUCCCCCCCGACGACCCCCGCGCCGACCCCGCGCUGCACGGCGGCGCCUGGGUGCCCUGGGUGGAGGAGGACGAGGGCCGCGGGGUGGAGGAGGAGCAGGAGCUGUACCGGGGUGUGUACAAGCAGCGCCGCAGGAAGAAGGAGAAGACCAUGAUGAAGCAAAAGCAGAUGAGCAAGCUGAACUCGUACGUCCUGAAGCUCAACAACCAGCUGACCUCCAGCCUGGUCUGAGGCUCCAGCCUGGUCUGACAUACAGUCUGGUGUGUGGUCUAAGGUCACGUCUGGUCUGGUUUGACCUCCAGUCGGGUCUGACGUCGGAUCUGACGUCCAGUCUGAUGUCAAGUCAGGUCUGGUCUGACGUCUGGUCUGGUCUGACCCCCAGUGAUGAGGAGCCCUCUGGGAUCCCGACCCCCCCAGGUCCAGUCAAGAUCCACUCGAUAGCCCGCGGCCUGAGCGCUAGAGACAGGGCUCAGCUGAAAUUCACUUUUUACGUGAAAAGAAGGGAAAUAAGACUUGGGGGGGAAUGACGAAAUGGAAACUUUGCUUCUUAACGACACUGAUUCAAAGUAUGUGAUAUCCAUUAUAUUUGUUGUUUAUAACAAUGAUAUUUUUUGGUAUGCAACAAGAGUUCCCCGUUUGUCACAAAUAAGAUCAAAGAUGAGACGAGACGUGACGAGAUCGGACGACAGCCAAUAAGAAGCACAACAGGGAGUGAUGUCAGAGGCGGUGGUGUGUAAAGGGAGGCACCUUGUACAAGGUUGUGCUAGUUUGUUAUGGUUGGAUUUCUCACUACAGGAAACUACUACAGUUUCCACACUACAUUUUAUUCACUUUAUUACCAAGAUUCUCCAUUACAUUUGAUUCACAUUUCUGUUUAAUGCCUCUUUACACAAGUAGCACUUUGUGACUGUUUGAUAUGUUCACUGUACUUAAUCAUCUAUGAAUUUUUUAAAAGCCCACUUUUUAUUCCACAUUUAUUUGUUCAACUUUGUACUGGAUUUAAUAUUUUCACGGACAAGGUGAACUAAAAUACCAAAGAUAUAUAUGUGAAAGACAUACUGGUUUCUUUUGGAAAUGGAUUGUUUUUCUAAUCAAUGCAGUUUUCUAAAUAAAAAAAUAGUUUCAAAAUAAA